AUGCUGCCCCCAGGUGCCACGCGGUUCGAAAGGAUCGCAAAGUGCUGCAUGUGCGUUGCAGGGUUCUGAGGCGCAUGGCUCAAGUCAAGAAAUGCAAGCCAUGAUGAAUUUAUGGGUGUACCCGUGAGUCUCUGGCAGGAAUGUUAGCAAUAAUGGCUUGCUGUCGCAGGAUAAUAUUGAUGAUUGUUGCUGCUGUCUAUGUUGUGGACUCUGCAUGUUUAUCGUAUGCCGACAUUGCCGUGCCUAACGGUGCGGAAUCUGGCGGGCCCUGCAAGGGCGAGGACCCUUCAAGUGCGAAUGCCUCUUACUAUGGCCCCUCGGUUGUGAUUUGCCCGGGGGUCGAAGCCAUUCCGGAGUAUGCGUUUCAAGCAUGCUCCGCGCUGACCGAUGUGGAGUUGCCAGGUUCUGUGAUUACCAUCGGGGAUUAUGCUUUCGAAGCGGCGGGACUUGUCAAUUUCACGAUCCCGGACAAUGUGACGUUUAUUGGAUUGUUUGCUUUCUACAACGCUUUCGAGCUCACUGACAACCAUCGGGCUUUGGGCCUUUAAAGGUACCGCGCUGGUCGAAUUGACCAUCCCAGCGUCAGUCACGGAAAUCGGGAAAAACGCUUUGGACGUUGACACGCUGACCACGGUGUAUAUGCCUGGACAUGACGAAGAGGCGGUGGCUGAAUUCACAGGCGCUUUCGGUGCGUCUGAUCCGACGAUCGUGGCGGCCACCCGCACUGCGACAAGCAGCUGGUCGUCGACCAGCGUGUCGGCGACCAGUACCACGUCGGGGCACACCACGGAGACUACCUCGGCACCCGCUACCUCCACGCAGUCAAGCGUGUCGACUUUGUUGGCGACCAGCACGAUCGUGGCGGCCACCCGCACUGCGACAAGCAGCUGGUCGUCGACCAGCGUGUCGGCGACCAGUACCACGUCGGGGCACACCACGGAGACUACCUCGGCACCCGCUACCUCCACGCAGUCAAGCGUGUCGACUUUGUUGGCGACCAGCACUUCGUCGACCUCGGUGACCAGCGUGCCGAGUGCGCUGGCCCAGGCCCGCGCUUGGACGCGCCUGGUGAGCCCGGCGUCAACAGGAGCGCAGGAGCUGGACGUGGAGUCCCAGGAGGGCUUCAGCGAGGGGGACACCAUCCUCAUCGCUGGCGCAGGGCACUCAGAGGUGAGCACGAUCUCCGCAUUCGGAUCAUUCAUUCUCGACGCGCCUUUGGAGAAUAGCUACCCUGUGGGCUCCAUAGUCACGGUUUCUACGCCGGCGGACACGCUCGAGUCGGAAACAUCUUCGAGCGCAGUUAUCAUAGUUGCCGUAGUGUCUUGCGCUUUCUGCUGCAUGGUCGGCAUCGCAGGCUGGCUGAUGUCAAGAUAUUUCAGAAACGACAAGUUCAGGGCUAGAUCUUCAGACGGCCCUGCAUUAGAUCCUCCCGACCUAGUUCAGCUGCAGGUGGGCGAUUGUUCAGGUGGGCUUGCACAUGAGGAGACGUCGGACGAUACUUCGGAUGGACUUACGCUGGCCCAGGUGGAGACCGACAAGCAGCUUAAGAGUAACACACGGGCCUGGUGGAAGAACGCAGGGUCUGACAAAUUCGCGACGGUCGUUUCAGAAGGCCCCGAGAGGAAUCUCGGUAUCCCAGCGCAGGAUGGCGUUGGCAUGUACUUCUGGUUCAUUUCCCGCAGGAGCUUUCUGGGCCUGUCUGAUGACCAGUGCCUUCCCCGUCACCAGACGUUAAGGGACGCAGGUAUGCUGGAGCGCCUGUACAUCACGGAUCAAGACGUUAUCAGCGGCAAGGCCAGGCGAGGCAAGGCUGUAGUUAGCCAUCGUUGGAGCAGGGCCAAUCACAUAGACCCUGACUGCGUUAAGCUGAAGAAGCUGAAACAAGUUUUGCGCAGUGACCCCAGCAUCGAAUAUCUGUGGCUCGAUUGUAUAUCGAUACCACAGAAAUUUCUCGAUAACGGCAUGGAAGGUUGGCAUACUGAUGAGGACAAGGCCGAUUUCGACCUGACGUUGAAGAACGUUUUGUCGUACCUCUACCUCGGGUGCACGGUGCUCUUGCUGUGGGACCCGGGCUGCAGCCACCGCUUCUGGACCAGCGCGGAGGCUUGGACGUCCAUGCGCGCGGUGAGCGAAGAGGGGGUCGUUCCGGCGUGCAGCGAGCGCCUCCGCCUGCAGGUCUUCGUCAUCAGCGGAGACACGGGCAUCGGGAACGACGCCGCGCGCGAGCACGUUGCCGACCUCUGGCUGCACAGGUCCGCGCAGGAGGCGGCCGCGGCGCUCGGGGGCGGCGAGUACGCCGCCUCGGUCGCUGGGGACAAGGCCGUCGGCAUCGAGGCCAUCCUCAGGCUCAGCGGGCGCGUCCAGGAGUCUGUCCGUACGCAGUCCGCCUCGCAGGGCAUCAUCUCUCUCUGACUUCGACGGGCAGGGCCUCUUUACGGAGCUCAGGCCGCGGAGCGGCCCCCGGACCUGUCUGACCUCUUUGAUCUAGCCUCUUCUGCUCAACUUCGCCUUCCCCCCCAGGCGCGCCGCCGAUCUCUGACCUCGACGGAGCUCCUGCCUGGGAGCGGCCCCCCCCGGGGCGCCCGCUGCGUGCCCUACAGAGUGGGCCGCGGGGCCCCCGGGGGCUCUCGGCCGCACGUGGCUCUGUGGGGCUUCAGGGGCCGCGCCCCGGGCCCCUGGGCGCCCCUUGGCCUCGUCUGCGUGAGCGGCUGGGUGGUUUCACCGUGCUUCUGUAUUGCCACCGGGCCAUUCCGUGGGCCUGGGAGAGCCCGCCCCCCAGGGCUCGGGCUGGGCGCGCCUCCGCCGCGGCCGUCCAGAUGCAGGCGGCCCCGCAGAGGCCGCGCCCCCGCGCUGUGCUCCGACCGCCGGCCUCCCUCGGGCGGCAAGCACGAUCUCCCCUCCUCGGCGCGCCCAUUCGCGCGCUGCCCCACCCUCCUAAUGUAAAUUACCGCCUGCGCGUGCGCGUCCAACCAGGCCUUGCGCAAUGACCUCGCGGAGGCGAUGGCUGUCUCACCCACCGUGUGCGUGGCGGGCGCAACGCGAGCGCCCGCGCAGUUGGCGCCCUGGUCAGUCUGUGGUGGGCCGCUCCUCGCGAGGGCGGGCCCGAGGUGGUGCGGGGGGGCCGGGUGGGUGGUGGCGGCCGCGCGGGGGGAGCGCAGGGCGAGCACCGCUGUCAAACUUUUUCCUUGGGCCCCUUUGCCUUGCUCGAGCGGCACGUCUGGCAUGUCUAGGCUGUAGCGUCUCCCGUUUCUCGCCCAUACAGUGGGAGCAUUCGCCUCGGACGCCUUCGAGUGCUGCCGGGAGUCCCUCUCUUGAGAAAAAAAAGGGUUCUGAGGCGCAUGCGGCGCAUAGACCCCGUAGAGCUCAUGGCCCCCUAUACGGUCAGAGCAGCUUGAGCAGCAGUUAGAUAACAUCGGGCUCUCAGGGCUCGUAGGGCCCAUAGGUUGAAGAGCGC